CAUCUUGGUGACCAAAGAAAUGGUUUCAUCAUCACUUAAUAUCAUUGAGGUGGCACGAGUCACCCCUUCAAACUCCGACUCGUCCGAGUCACUAACCAUCCCACUCACCUUCUUCGACCUACUCUGGUACAAACUCCACGCCGUCGAACGAGUCAUCUUCUACAAACUCACCGACGCAACUCGCCCUUUCUUCGACUCAGUCAUCGUCCCCAACCUCAAAACCUCUCUCUCCUCUACUCUCUCUCAUUAUCUCCCACUCGCCGGCAAACUCGUUUGGGAACAACUUGACCCAAAACCAACCAUCGUCUACACCCCAAACGACGCCGUUUCAUUCACCGUCGCCGAGUCAAACGCUGACUUUUCCCGUUUAACCGGUAACGAACCAUACCCGACCGCCGAGUUACACCCGUUAGUCCCCGAGUUGCCUGUCUCCGACGACUCAGCUACCGCCGUGUCGUUUCAAGCCACGUUAUUUCCAAACCAAGGGUUUUGCAUCGGCGUUAACGCACACCACUCCGUUUUAGAUGGGAAAACGACAACCAUGUUUCUCAAAUCUUGGGCGCACGCAUGCAAAAAUCAAGAUUCUUCUCUACCGGAGGAUCUAAUCCCAAACUACGAUCGUACGGUCAUAAAAAGCCCGACGGAUUUAGAUACAGAGAUCUUGAACGCUUGGCACAAAGUGGCCAAACUGUUAACCGGAGGUAAAGAACUAGAAAACCCUAAAAGUUUGAAACUUCUAUGGUCGCCGGAGAUUGGUCCCGACGUCGUCCGGUACACUCUCAAUCUCACUAGAGAAGAUAUACAAAAGCUUAGAGAACAACUCAAAAGAGAAUCCUCUGUUUCAUCAACACCAAAGGAGCUUCGUUUAUCAACGUUUGUGAUUGUUUACUCAUACGUUGUAACGUGUAUUAUCAAAGCUCGAGGCGGUGAUCCGAAUAGACCAGUCGGGUACGGAUUCGCUGUGGAUUGUCGUAGCCUCAUGGUUCCACCGGUGCUAUCGAACUAUUUCGGCAAUUGUGUCUCUGCUGCUUAUAAAAUGCCGUUAAAGGCAGAGACUUUUAUGAGUGAGGGGGGGUUUUUAGCUGCUGCAAGAUUGGUUAGUGAUUCGGUUGAGGCAUUGGAUGAGAAUGUGGCAUGGAAGAUACCAGAGCUUUUGGGAGCUUUUGUGACUGUUCCACCAGGAGCACAGGUUCUUUCCGUUGCGGGUUCGACCCGGUUUGGAGUUUACGGGUUGGAUUUCGGGUGGGGAAAACCGGAGAAAGUGGUUGUUGUGUCGAUUGAUCAAGGCGAAGCGAUUUCUUUAGCUGAGAGUAGAGAUGGGAAUGGUGGUGUGGAAGUUGGCUUCUCGCUCAAGAAACAUGAAAUGGAUGUUCUCAUUGAUUUGCUUCAUAAAGGACUAAAAGAUUGAAUCAUUUUUUCUCUGUAUGGAUAAGGUGAAAUUGUAACUUUCUAUUGUCGCAUAAUUCUCAUAGUUGUCAACAACAUAUAUCCUCGGUGUUUCAACCUUCCAUAAUUUUAUUAUCAAGUUUAAUUACCAUAUAAUUCUCGUUUGAGAGUGCAUGGCUUCUUAAGUUUGGGCUUUCUCGGGGUUAAAAUAGUUUGUAGUUUCUUUUUGGUUCAUUGUAUUGUCUUUACCAUCGUUGUCUCUUUUUGGGCAUUUGGCACACAAGAAUAACCAAUCUUUCAAACUUUUAAUAAAUUGUUGAGGGUAAA